AAGAUGGAGAAAAAGAAGAAUGUGAUUUGUUUAUAUUUGUUUAAUGAACUUUGAUUUUAAUAGUUUGGAAAAGUGUUUUGGAAAAUGAAAAAUGAGUCAACGCAGCAGAGUGAUUAAUUUAUAUAAAACUUUCCUUAACUUAUCGAAGGACUGGCCGAAAGGACGAGACCACUUCAGGCGCGGUUUGCACAAAUCCUUCUCUAAAAACAAGGACGAAAAGGACCCCGACAACAUCGAGAAGAUGAUCAAGCACGGGGAAUUCGUCGUGAAGGAAAUCGAGACGCUCUACAUGCUGAAGAAGUACAGGACGUUGAAGAAACAUACAUUUAGUAAUGCUGGGGAAAAGAGUUUCGAUCAAUUCGGCGCGAUUUCAUCGCGAAUCGCGCCGGGGCAAUUGGCGCUCAACCGAAAAUUCGACCGCGACAGUCCGGAGCCUCCGGAGCCUCCCUCCGAAACCCCCCCGUCGUUCGCCCACGCGAAUUCCCCGGCGAAAAUCGCCUCUGAAAGGAGCAAAAUCAGAGUAGGCGAAACAGCGCCUGACGUCACGAUCGAGCCGUGA